AGCCGAUCACUCUGAAUGCCCCGCCAAUCAAGCUGCGGACCUAGAGGACAAAAAGGAAAGUGAGAAAGAUCGGGAAAGUGAAUCAACAAUGACAGUUCAAAAAGUCUUGGUUGAUAAAUCCAAUUUAGCAGAUUUUGUUGGCAAACCUGUCUUUCAUGCUGAACGCAUCUAUGACCAGACACCCAUUGGGGUUGUCAUGGGUCUUGCUUGGACUUCAAUGGGUGGUUCCACACUGUAUAUAGAGACUACUCGCGUUGAGGAAGGGGAGGGAAAAGGUGCACUGCAUCUCACUGGUCAGUUAGGAGAUGUCAUGAAAGAAAGUGCUCAGAUUGCUCACACGGUUGCCAGAGGCAUAAUAGCAGAGAGAGAGCCAGAGAACUCAUUCUUUGCGAAUGCAAAGCUUCAUCUCCAUGUUCCCGCUGGGUCCACACCCAAGGACGGACCCAGUGCUGGUUGCACCAUGAUUACUUCACUGCUUUCCCUUGCCAUGAAGAAGCCCGUGAGGAAGGAUCUAGCAAUGACUGGGGAGGUGACGCUUACCGAAAGAUCCUCCCAAUUGGUGGGGUUAAGGAGAAAACUAUCGCGGCUAGAAGGAGUGAGGUCAAGACCAUCGUGUUCCCUUCAGCGAAUCGGAGAGACUAUGACGAGCUGGCGCCUAAUGUGAAAGAAGGCCUUGAUGUUCAUUUUGUUGAUGAUUACAUGCAGAUAUUUGACUUAGCUUUUGGCCACGAGCAGAGUUAGAAAGUGAAGGUACUCUUACGAAAAAUAUAAUAUCAUGUCGCACACCUUGAAGGCCUUUGAGAUAAAAUUCUUUGUUGUGCUGCGGAAUGCAGCCUGAUUUUUGGAGUCCCAUCACUUCUGUGUAUUUGGUUGAGUUUUCUUCUUUUCCCCGGAAACGUACGG